CGCUGUGCGCACGCGCAGUCCCCGCGCGAGCUCGUGCCGCCUUCCCGCCUGUACACGGGGCGAACAUGGCGACGGUUCCGCUGAGGGUCUCAAUCAGGUUCGCCGGACGUCUGGUGUGUCCGCGAUAUGGCUGUAGGCCCUGGACCCCCCGUGUGCUCACCGCUGACCCUGGAUCCCCUUUCCAUCCAACUCCCACAAGAGUUCCUCAAGAGAGGUUCUUCAGAGCAGGCCAUGUGGCCCCUGGACCAAUUUUACCAUUUAAACUGGCAGAUAUCGGAGAGGGCAUCAGAGAAGUCGUCGUGAAAGAAUGGUAUGUGAAGGAAGGGGACGUAGUAUCUCAAUUUGACAGCAUCUGUGAAGUGCAGAGCGACAAGGCAUCCGUCACCAUAACCAGCCGUUACGCCGGCAUCAUCCGCAAGCUGUACCACGAGGUGGACUCCACGGCUCUGGUGGGCUCUCCGCUGGUUGACAUUGAGACCGAUGGGGUUCAAGAGGAAGUCCCACAAGAGGAUGUGGUGGAAACACUUGCAGUGUCGCGUGGUGGAAACGCCCACCAGGAGGUCAAGGGUCAGAAGACCUUGGCGACACCAGCAGUCCGGCGCCUAGCCAUGGAGAGCAACGUCAAGCUGAGUGAGGUUGUGGGGACAGGGAAUGAUGGGCGUAUCUUGAAGGAAGACAUUCUCAACUUCCUCUCCAGCCAGACAGGCGCCAUCCUGCCCCCUUGUUCUGACCACAAGGAGCAGACCCUGUCCUCUGAAGCGGCGGCGAGGGCGACGGCACCCGUUGCGCCUCUAGCUCGUCAUCCAUCGGUGCCCGUCGAAGGCAAAAAUGGCACAGAGCGCCUCAAAGGUUUUCAAAAAGCCAUGGCGAAGACGAUGGCGGCCGCCUUGAAGAUCCCUCACUUUGGUUAUUGUGACGAGGUGGACCUGACGAAGCUGGUGCGCCUGCGCUCAGAGCUGAAGGAUGCGGCGGAGAUGCGUGGCGUGAAGCUCAGCUACAUGCCUUUCUUCAUCAAGGCAACUUCUUUGGGCCUGCUGCAGUUCCCGAUUCUGAACGCAUCCGUGGAUGAGAGCUGCUCAAACAUCACGUACAAGGCUGCCCACAACAUAGGCCUUGCCAUGGACACUCCGCAGGGCCUUCUGGUGCCCAACGUGAAGAAUGUGCAGGCGCUGAGCAUCUUCGAGAUCGCCGCAGAGCUUAACCGGUUGCAGGCGUUGGGUGCCAUGGGGCAGCUAGGCACUGCUGACCUCACCGGGGGCACCUUCACUAUCUCCAACAUCGGCUCGAUCGGAGGGACGUACACCAAACCGGUGAUUCUCCCCCCAGAAGUGGCCAUUGGAGCACUGGGGAAAAUCCAGGUUCUGCCCAGGCUCAACCCCUGGGAUGAGGUAGUUAAGGCCCACAUUAUGAAGGUCAGCUGGUCAGCAGACCACAGGAUCAUUGAUGGAGCCACCAUGUGCCGAUUUUCCAACCUCUGGAGGUCGUACCUGGAGAACCCAGCUAGCAUGGUGCUGGACCUCAAAUGACCCCCAGUUCCACAUUGAUGUGAUGUUGAAUUACUUUUCUGGUUUGUAUGCAUAUGCAGUAGUUUUUGCAAUACCUUGUUGCUUCUUUCUAUUGUGCUUUUCCAGGCCAUUCCUGUUUGGCCACUGUAUUCCUUUUUCCAUUCAUGUCUUGCUAAAAAGGGUUUGGUAUGGAGCCUGACCUCCUUAAAGUGAGCAGGGAAAAUACACACGGGCAUCAUGAACUCAGUCAUGCUUUUAAAGACAAGUUGGUUAAUUCACAAACGAAACCAGACUUGUUUGGGUGAAAUGUUUUGCGAGUGGGAUCAAAU